AUGCAUCUCUGGACACCAGGUCAAGUUAUUUUGUUUGGUAGAGAAAAACCGGUCAAUGUAAUAACUGCGGCGUCCAGUCGUUGUCGUUGUCGUUGUUCAGUGCUGAUAUUCACGUCUCACGAAGAUCAUCUAGUAAUAGAGGAGGAAUUCGUAUCUGCAAAUGACCCAUUCCAACCCGAUGAAAGUCCAAUGAACGGAGUAAUUAUCCCAUACGAUUUAAGUUUAUCCUCGUACGAUCACUGUCUUUCCCGGUUUAUCGACUCUGCGUUAGUCAUCUUUGAUAUUAACAGAAGCAAACUGUAA